AUGACCAAAGCUCAUAUGACACAUUAUCAAAGCCUUUUGUUGACUGAACGAGUGACCUUUGCUCCCUCUGCUGUCCUCAAUCCCACCACUCUACUGCCUGAGACUGAUGACUCCUCACCUACACAUCACUGUACUGAUAUUCUGACAGAAGAAGCUGGUACUGAAAAUGAUCUGAAGGAUCAGCCUUGGCCUGAGAGUCCAAGCUGGUAUGCGGGUGGCAGCAAUUUCAUGGUUGAAGAGUUCCACCCGCGAGUAGUGGGACUAAAGACUGAUACCUCUCCCAUAGGAGUAUGUCAGUACCGAAUGAGCCAAGAGGCUAGAGAAGGAAUUAGACCUCAUGUCCAGAGGCUUAUCCAACAAGGUAUUUUGGUGACUUGCCAGUCUCCCUGGAGCACUCCCUUGUUUGCCUUCAAAAAGCCUGGCACUAAUGAUUACAGACCAGUACAAGACCUAAGGGAAGUUAAUAAGAGGGUUCAGGACAUGUACCUGACUGUCUCCAACCCAUACAACCUUCUCAGCUCACUCCCACUAGACAGGAAAUGGUACACUGUUUUAUAUCUAAAAGACUCUUUCUUUUGCCUGAGGUUAUAUCAUUCCAACCAACCUUUUUUUGUUGAAUGGAGAGACCUGGAAACUGGACUGGUAGUUCAAUUGACCUGGACCAGACUACUCCAAGUGGUCAAAAAUUCUCCCACUCUUUUUGAUGAAGCCCUCUACCGGGACCUGGAUACCUUCAGAGCUGAAAAUCUACAGGUAACCUUGCUCCAGUAUGUUGACAAUUUACUUUUGGCAACUACUGAACUUGAGUGCAGACAAGGAAACUGA